UUCUCAAAACGUCCAUGUCGCAAUAAAAUAAAGUCACCAUACCAAGAUAAACAAUCAAGGGCAGAUAUCCGCUGCACGCCGAGUCAGUUUUUGUCGUAUUUCACGGUGCUCAUGUGUCGGACGACUCACUAGUGAAUAGCGACCCUUGAAACAUCAAUAACCUUGGAGAUGCGCUCCUAACGUAAAGAAGACUAUCAGUAAUCGUUACGUGGUUCUGUUGAGGAUUGUAUGUCUAACCUUGGUCUCUUCCGAAAACUGAACCAUUGUGAUAGCCACGAAGAGUGUAGGUAUCCAGAGAGCUUUAUUGGGAUAGACAGCGGUGGAUAUUAUAUCUCCAAAAGGAUCAAAUCUUGGUAAAUUGUUUGAGGGUAGAAUUGCCAAAGCAAAAGGAAAGGAUGUCAGUUAAGUAAAAGCGGAGAAUAACGUAGUUGGCGGAGAAGGAAGAAAGACGGCGAAAGCUCAAAACUUUUCGGGGGCUAAAAACAGCUGCCGCCGAUAAACCCAACUGCAGGAAUAUUGUAUUCACCCUACUCCCACCUUUGUUAAACAUUGAUUCGACACAUCUCGUUCUAACACAAUCACUGUCUGAUAGCUUUUGUACCAUAUUAUCGGCAAUCUUACAUAUUAUCUCCUAGGUACUUUCUGCUAGGUCGUCUACCUACCGAUUAUCGCUACGCUGCAUACGCGCCGCCAUGUCCGGUGCAAGGCAUUGGGAGCAGGAUAAAGAGGCCACCGUCUACAUUGGCAAUCUUGAUGAAAGGGUCACAGAUAGCCUGGUAUGGGAGUUGAUGCUGCAGGCAGGGCGCAUCGUUAACGUUCACCUGCCGAAAGAUCGAGUCACACAGUCCCACCAAGGUUACGGGUUUGUUGAAUUCAUCAGCGAAGAGGAUGCAGAAUAUGCAUCCCGAAUAAUGAACAGCAUCCGUUUAUAUGGGAAGCCAAUACGCGUGAACAAAGCGUCUGCUGACAAGCAGAAGUCGGUGGAAAUUGGCGCAGAACUUUUUGUUGGGAACCUUGACCCCAUGGUCACGGAACAAGUCCUUUAUGAUACAUUUAGUCGGUUUGGGAAUUUGGUCAAUUUACCGAAGAUUGCACGGGAUGACAAUAAUCUAUCAAAGGGCUAUGGUUUUGUGUCGUUCGGCGAUUUUGAGUCAUCGGAUGCCGCCAUAGCAAACAUGAAUGGCCAGUACCUCAUGAAUAAACAGGUCUCGGUACAAUACGCCUAUAAGAAAGAUGGCAAGGGUGAACGUCAUGGUGAUCAGGCUGAGCGGAUGUUAGCUGCGCAAGCCCGCAAGCAUAACGUACGCCCGCCGACUCAGCCGUUACCAUCACCAUUCUCAGGUUCAGGGACCCCUAUGGUGCCCGCGACCAUGGCCAAUGGUGACAGCUCUAGGCCGAUCAGCACUGGACCUCCUGACCUAGGGAUAGGCAGAGGCGUUGCCCCCCCUAAUGUUGGUUUUUCGAAUGUGCCUCCCCCACAACAACACAGGUCUGUUCCACCUGCGACACCUCUGGCAAAUCCACCACCAGGCUUGCCAGCACGGCCUCCACCUUCACAAGCCGGCUAUGGAGGUCCACCGCAGGCUUUCUUACCUCCAGCCUUCAACAAUACGGGUCAGCAACCAUCUUUUCCUCCACAAACAGCGCCACCUCCAGGCUUCGCGCCUCCCGGCUUUGGCCCUCCUACUGGGAAUGCAGCACCCCCGCCACCAUUACCCCCAGGAUUUCAGCAGCCAGCCUAUGGUCGGGGCCGAUGAGCAUUCAGCUCAAUGUGUUAGUUUGGAAGUUAGUCCCCUUCCCAAUGAGUACUUGGUUGGGAGCUGCUUGGAUAUGAUGUAACAAUUCAUCAGAAGAAUAGGCCCGAAAAGCUAGGUGGGAAACGAACAUCCUUGAAAACUGGGAAGAACCCGAACCCAAUUUCUUUCGCAUACCAGCCAAUCGAUAACCCCGAUAUCAGUGCUGGACUCAGAUUUAGCGGAGCACACAACAUGUGUAUAAUGGAACCCUCCCUAUUGUUCUCUCUUCUAGCACUCAUGGUUGCACCUUUCAUUAGGUGCAGACAUUGCAUGAAAUAGGACCCGU